AUGCCGGGGAGUCAUAGCGCUGAGGGCAGCGCUGCUCCUCCAGAUGCCUUGCGUGGGGUGAAUGAUGAGCUUUCCAGUAGACUACGUCGCGCGGAAAGUGGUGAUCAAUCCGGAGAUUCCCAAGAACCAGAUCAGCACAGUGAGGCGGCUUUCAAUAGGGCAGUGAGUUUUGCCCAACUAUUUACCCGACAUGUACGUGCUGUGGCUGACAUGCUGGGUGACAAGGUCCUUGACCGCGCCAAGAUGGAUCGUUUGGUCAUGGGUCUGGAUGCCGCAGUACGAUCAGGGAAGUGCUUUGCAGCUUUGAACGGCCCUGUGAAGCCUUCUGUUUUGAAUGGCGCUGUCGACUUGAUUCGCAAGAAGGUUUCUGAACCUUUGAGCAAAGCCAACUGGCAAGGGUACCGGCAUCUUGUCAUUGUGAAGGAGUUCUGGCCGAAAGUGAUUCCCCGCACCGCAUUUUAUGCAUGGUACAGUCAGAAUUGGAACAAACAGGACCUUGUGAAUCUGAGAAGCUUGUGGGGGGUGGCCGAAGCGCAUGUCAUUCGUGAAGUUGGCUACAAAGGUGCACACCAAGCACCACCACUUCCCAUGGACCCCCGGUUUCCAUGGGCUGCAGCAAGCUCAUUGGGAAUUAUGCUUCUCCUGGGUGCUCUUGCUCAAACCAGGGGCCUUGCUCUACAAUGCCAGGAGGAGGCAGUCAAGUUUCUUUCGCGUAUGUGCUCUCGCAUUUCUGAUGCCAAGUGGGUGCUGAAGCUACUGCCUACUGUUCAACUUCCGGUUGAGGAGCGCUUGGUUGACUUGGGGGAAUUCUGGAAGCACUUCUCGCCACAAGACCAGCGAACACUGAAGAACAGGUGGAUGAACCAAAUGGCUUUGGGGUCUUCUCGCCAAAGCAACGCUGCUACAGCUCCGCUUCAUCAUUUCCUUUGGUUUUGGAUGCGGAUCCCAGUGGAUGCAGAGAUUGGUGAUGUUCGUAUUUCGCGAAUUCAAAGAAGACUCUUCCACAUCGUUGCGCAACGUGUUGAUGAGAGCCUUCUCCAACCAGGCAUCCUUUCAGACAGGAUGCAUGUUGAAUCCUCAACAGAUGCUUCCUGUGCUCGGGAUGUCAGGGCCUUCCAGUUGAAGACAGAACUCUUGCGCAGGUUCUUGGCAAGGAACUCUGGAUUUUGUGGCACUGCGAAUGGUGGCAAUGAGGAUCUUGUGGAGGUGGGCCUUGUUGGGAAUAAGUCUUCGCAAGGAACAGUUGCUGCAGCUCACUUUGCAGCGGCGUACUACAUCCAAGCUGGCCAAGAGCUUCACCUACGCCUUUGCAAAAGCAUUCACGAUGGUGACAUUCCUUCCCUUCUUGUGUUCCAGGAUUGCAGUGAUGUAGUUGGACAGGAGGCCCGGCCUUCAACACAUGAAGACUAUAUAGUUGGAUGGGCAACCAUUCUGUCUUUGUUUGGGCAAUGA